AUGAAAUGGAUCUCUGCUGAGAAACACUGUCUGAAAUUAAGCGCAAACUUGAUGUCAGUGCACAGUCAGAAGGACUAUCUGAUGGCCAAGGCCCUUAUCCGUGCAUUUGACCCCGUGGAGCCCCCAACUUGGCUUGGCCUGUCUGACUGUCAGAAGAAGAAUGAGUGGUUUUGGUCUGAUGGCACCAAAGUGACGUUCACCAAGUGGAAUCCAACUGAGCCAAAUUUUCUGAAUGGAGAGUGCUGUGUGCAUAUGAACUGGGGCAGUAAGUGGGUCUGUGAUAAUUCCUAUAAAGGAAUACACAAUGAAAACAAGUAUCGAAUGGCCAAGGCCCUUAUCCGUACUCAUGACUCCGCGGAGAAUCCAACAUGGAUCGGCCUUUCUAGCUGUCAGGAGAAAUAUAAGUGGUUUUGGUCCGAUGGCACCAAAUUGAUUUACACCAAGUGGAACCCAAGAGAACCAAAUCAUCUCCUUGGAGAGUGUUGUGUGCAUAUGAACUACGGCAAACAAAGGGACUGGAAUGACAUUCGCUGUAAAAAGAAAUUUCCCUUUGUGUGUGCCAAGAAGCUUUACUGAAAUGCUCACAGCUUCCCCUCACCAACUAUAAUACUAUUAUACUAAGUUUUUCUUGUCACUGAUGGAUUUACAAAAUCCUUACUGUG